UACUAAAAGCCACAAUCAACCAUGCGUUUCCUGGUAGUCUUGGCCUGCCUGGUGGCCGUUUGUGCCGCCGGCACUCUGCCCAACAAAGUGGAGCAGCGUCUGAUGGAGCUGGCGGAUCAGAAUGGCGACAUCGAUCUGUUCGAGGAGCCCCAAGAGGGAGUUGAAGUUGCCCCGCAGUUCAUCGUGUCCUGGCAGGCGCGUCGCUUCAUCCGCAAGUUGCAGAAGCAGAUGGAGUGCGGAUGGCCUCAGUAUGGCAUCCCAGCAUUGGCUCCUCUUCGCAUCAACGAAUUUGACUUGGACUUUAAGAAGGGCAUCUUCGAGACCCUGAACCACGUGUUCCGCUUGAAGAUCGCCGGAUUGGACGAUUUCAAGAUUAAGAAGUUCAAGCUGAACGUGAUCACCAGCAAGGUGACCUUCGAUUUCCUGUUCGCGAACAUCGACACCACCGCCCAGAAGUACAGCACUGACACGCUGAUCGAUGCCCUGCGCCAGUUGGGUCUGUCCGUGGAGUACGAGGGAGCUGGAGAGCUAUUGUUCGACCUGAUCAACCUGCGCAUUGCCGGCACCCUGAAGUACAAGCUGCCCAUGCUGUGGGGCUCCGCCAAGAUCACCUCGCUGAAGACCACCAUCUCGCUGGAGUCCGUGGACUCUGACAUCACUGGAUUCAUGGGCAAUGGCAAGAUCAACCGUGCCAUCAACAGUCAGCUGGAGAACAUUGUGGUGAAGGCCAUUAAUGGCAACCAGGAUACCAUUUCCGAGACCAUUGAGAACGCCAUCGUGCCCCGAGUGAACAAGAUGCUCAAGGGCAAGGACUUCUGGACCAUCGUGGACCUGAUCCUGUCCAGCAGCGAUGGCGAGAGCGAGAGCGAUCCGAUUGUCGUCGACUGCGAUCCAUCCGCCGAUCCCUGGGCUUAAGUUCUGAGGCGGAGGUCAAUAAAUACUUGUCGAUACAUUCAAUCAUUGGUCUACUUUUGGGGGUUGAUCUUUUCUGAAGCCCCAGUUGAAUUUCGUUUCCAGUUCCCAAUUUUAGUAUCAAUACAAUUGUAACUAUUAACAAAUAUAGUUUUGACAAUUUUUGAGCAAGA